AUGCCGCGGUAUCAUACUACAAACCCCCUCUUCUAUAUAUACCACUUAUGCGCGUGUAAGAGGGCGGCAGAAACGGUGCGUGCUUGCCGUCAUGUUUCCUGGAACAACCAGCUUGCCUCUCUCUGCUCCUCGCUUACUCAAUCCAGCUUUCUGAAUCUGUCCUCCGAUCUGUUAUUUCUUCUGAAGCAUCGAUCGGAGGUGAUAGAUAGACAGACGUUACAUGUAACUCACGAUGGAUCCAAUACAAAGGACAAAUUUGAGGGCAAACCUAACAUUAAGAUAUCAGAGGGGAAUAAAGAGAGAAUAAAGAAGAUGCUGGACAAGGUUGAACUUUCUGUAUCAGGUUAUGACACAGCUUGGGUAGCAAUGAUACCAUCACCUUCUUCUCCGGAAACUCCUCUGUUUCCCCAGUCCCUAAACUGGUUACUGCAGAAUCAACAAAACGAUGGAUCAUGGGGUCUUCCUCAUCGUAAUGACUUGUUGACCAAAGACUCUCUUGUAACAACCUUGGCUUGUGUCCUGGCACUUAAACAAUGGGGUGUUGGUGAACAACAAACUAACAGAGGGUUUCAAUAUAUUGAGUCAAACAUUGCUUCAGCUUUGGAUGAUAAGCAAGAUUCUCCUAUUGGAUUUGAUAUUAUCUUCCCUCAUUUACUUGAGCAAGCCCAGAACUUAAAUCUCAAUCUUCCUCUUGGAGGAAAGCGUUUAGAGACAUUCAUCCAAAAGAGAGAAUUGGAGAUCCAAAGUGGGUGGGGAAGCAAGUCAGAAGGAUGGAAAGCAUAUAUGGCAUACAUUUCAGAAGGAUUUGGGAAGUCACAGAACUGGGAAAUGGCUAUGAAGUUUCAAAGAAAGAAUGGCUCUUUAUUUAACUCCCCGGCCACCACUGCAUCGGCAUAUACCCAUAUUAACAAUCCACAUUGUCUUGAUUAUCUAUUUUCACUAUUAGAUAAAUUUGGAAAUGCUGUUCCAACUAUACAUCCCUUUGAUGUCUAUGCUCGACUCCAUAUGGUUGAUAGUCUUGAAAAGUUGGGUAUUAAUCGUCAUUUCAAGGAGGAAAUUGGAAGUAUACUAGAGGAAACAUGGAGAAUGUGGCAACAGGAAGAAGAUGACAUAUUUUCAGAGCCCACCACUUGUGCCAUGGCAUUUCGUUUGCUAUGUUUGCAUGGAUAUAAUGUUUCUUCAGACGCAUUGGAUAGAUUUUCAGAAGACAAAUUCCUCAAUACCCUUCAAGGUUAUUUGAAGGAUGUUGAGUCUGUUUUAGAGUUACACAAGGCUUCACAGAUAGUUUCACAUUCCAAUGAUUCAGUUCUAGAGGAACUAAAUUCGUGGACAGGACACUUUCUCAUAGAAUAUUUGUCCACUUCCUCAGGAAAUUCUCACAAACCUUCUAAUCAUUUUGAUCACGAGGUAUCUUUUGCUCUGCGUUUUCCUCAUCAUGCUUACUUGGAUUUCAUAUUAAAUCGAAGAUCUAUAGAACACUACAAGGAGGGGGAUCAAAGGAGAACUUUGAAAUCUUCAUAUAGUUCUUUGAACCUUGCAAAUAAAGAAUUCCUGUUAUUAGGAGUGGAAGACUUCAAUCACUGCCAAUUGGCAUUUCGUGAAGAACUCGAUCUAUUUAACAGGUGGUUUAUGGAGAGUGGAUUGGAAAAACUGCAUUUUCCAAUCUCAAAGACAAAAGCUGCUUAUUCCUUCUUGACAGUUGCAGCAACACUGACAUCUCCUGAACUUCGCGAAGCUCGUCUAACAUGGGCCAUGCAGGGCUUGCUCACAUGUGUCGUUGAUGAUUUCUAUGAUGUUUGGAGUACUGAAGAGGAACAAAUCAACCUCAUACAGUUAAUGGAGAAGUGGGACGUAGAUGUGGACAAACAAAGUUGUUCUGAGACAGUGAAGAUAUUAUUCUUAGCACUCAAGAGUACAAUCUGUGAGAGUGCAAGACAAGCAUUUAAGGUUCAAGGGCGUGAUGUGCUAAACCACUUGAUUCAGAUUUGGGUGGAUUUGAUGAGGUCUCAGUUAAAGGAAGCGGAAUGGUUUGGAAGCAAGCAUGUGCCGAGCAUCAAGGAAUAUGAACGUAAUGGAAUCACAUCAAUGGCCUUAGGACCGAUUCUCUUCCCACUAAUGUAUCUUGUUGGACCCAAGCUACCCCAGAAUGUCAUUGAAAGUGAUGAAUCCAACUACCUGUUUGAGGUUGUGAGUCUCUAUGGGCGAUACCUCAAUGAUGUCAAUGGCUACCAGAGAGAAAAAGAACAAGGGAAAUUUUUAAACUCAAUAAGCUUGAGGAUGAUUCAUUUGUGUGGGUCAGCAACUGAAGAAGAGGUCAUAGAAACAAUGAAGAGGAAGAUUGAGGAGAAGAGGAAGGAGCUGUUGAGAAUAGUGUCGAAGGAAGAAGGAAGCAUGCUUCCAAAAGAAGUAAAAGAUGUGUAUUGGAAAAUGUGCAGAUCGCUUCACUUAAUUUAUAAGAAGGAGGAUGUGAUCCAUGCAAAAGAGAUGCCCAAUGAGGUCAUUAACAUCAGAGACAUAGUUUUAAGUGAUCCUAUUAUUCUGAAUUCAUAGAUCACAAAUGACCUCUCUUUCCUGUUUAGAGAAGAAAAUAAUACUGUAUAUUUUUGAAUAAAGCUUGC